GAGCAUGCGCCAUUUCGACAAAUGGCCGACGUUGAUUUGUAUGGCGACAUCACGACCCCAACCAGCGAGGACGCCAACAAAGAGCUCGACAUCUACAAUGAUUUGAGUGGCAAACCAUCUUCCAAACAACAGUACGGUGGCGAGAGCCCAGGGAAGGAAGCAGAUGUAUCACGCGAUUCAACUCCAUCCCCUCCGUUGGAAGGCUUAGAGACUGGUCAAUCAACUACACAACAGAAUGACAUCCCUUCUUUAGCCAAUCGGCCUGUUAGCCCUGCUAAGCAGGAGGCUGAUCUGUCGACUCCCAAAGGUGUGACAGUGCAGUAUAAUAACUCACCUGAACCAUCAAAGAAAUCGAUUUACAUUGGGAAUCUUCCUUGGUGGACUAGCGACAUGCAGCUGGCAAAUGCUUUAUAUAAUCUUGGUGCAAAAGACUUGAAGGCUAUUAAAUUCUACGAAAACAGGGUGAAUGGACAGUCGAAAGGCUAUGCUCUUGUUGAAUUUUUGUCUGAAGUGUCUUGCCAUGUAGUCGUGAAUAAACUACCCAAACUUACCAUACUAGGUCAACAGCCAAUAGCAGCUCUUUCUACCAAAGUAAUGUUAUCUCAGUUUGAGCAAAUGUCAAAGCGAGGACAACACAGUUAUACACGGUUUUCGGACAAACAGCCCUCUCGUGGUAGAGGAAAUAUGCGUUCUUCAGAUGAACCACGUGGAGCACGUCCACCAGGCCCUUUUCGACCAGGUGGAAUGGGUCCAAUGGACAUGCCACCGGGUCCUCCAAUGGGGAUGUUUCCACCUCCCAUGGGUGGACCACCAGUGCCCCCAGGACCAUGGAUGGGUCCAAUGCCUCCUCCUGGUGACAUGGGUAUGAUGAUGCAUAGGCCAAUGCCUGGUUAUGAUCCUAUGGGAAUGAGACCUGCUUUUGGACCACCUCCUGAAAUGAUGAUGGGCCCACAUGCUCGACCACCGGGCGCUCACAUUAAUCCAAACUUUAUUCAUCCAGAUUACAGGCCAAGAUUAAAUGAAUCAUUUGGGCAGGGCAUCGGUGGCUCUGGGGCUGGGCAUGGCAACAAUCCAUAUGGAGGAGUAGUUUCUGGAGCGGAAUUUGCUGAAGUAAUGAAACGAAAUCAUGCUGUGUCAAGUACGGCUAUGAUGAGAGCUAUACAAGAUGCAAAUACUGGUGACUUUGAUAGUGCUGUAAAUACAUUAAAAACUGCCAUGUCUCUGAUUUUGCAAUCAUCGGCUGCCAAUUCAGAGAGUAGUCAGGCUCUAAUUCAGUCUCUGAAGGAUUGUCUUCAAGGGAUCGAAGAGCAAAUGGAACAUUCCAGAAAUGCUGGUCAUUCUUCUGGCAAUGCAGGUGUUUCCAGUCCUGGUCGCAGUAACUCUUCUAGGUCCAGCCAAAGCAGGAGUCCCACACCACCAAGGAGUCGAACACCAAGUCCUAUCAAUGACAGGAGUCCAGCACGAGGGCCUUACGAUGCAUACGAGAGAACAUAUUCAGACAAAGACAAACGUGAUAGAACAAGAGGGGGAAGGAGGGAGAGGGAACCUGUGUAUAGCAGACACGGCUCUUCAAGAAGUGGAGGGACAACCAGACGUGGAAUGUACGAUGAUGACAGAAGGAGCAGAAGGAGAUAGAACAGUAAAUCUCUGAUGUCUACAUGAUGAUUUAGUUAAUGUGGCUGUUCAAGGGUGAAAUUAAUGACAUUGGUACUGCCUUACAGCUAAGCUUUUGGUUAAUGUUGUACACUAUUGACUAGGUUUCUGCCAUAUGAACGCAAUGUAUUGAUUGAAUUGAUAAAAAGAGAUAUGUUUAAUUUACUAUUG